AGUGUAUUUGUGUUUUACAGAUCUUACCUCAUAGUUGUCCUCAAUGAAGGUAAACUGUCGUGGCUGCAGGAACUGAGUCUUGGGGAUGUCCAGCCCGUCUUCACCAUACAGAAACUGGACCACGGACCCAUCGCUGUCCCUCACCGUUUGAUCAUACUGCACUACCAGACCCUCCAGAUGUUUUAUGACACAUCUGCAGAGAAGACAUGAGGGAGGACAAAGGAAAAGAGAGACAAGAUAAGUAGGGUGCUGGGAACAAUUCAUUUCAUCCUACUGAACGAUAAAAUAAAAAGUUUAAGGUAGGUUUGAAGCACAUUCGAAGGAGCCAUGUGGGGGCAGCAUAUUGUUUCUGAAACACCUGACAUUUAGUACUAAAUAUGGUUCGUUCGAAACGCAUCCUUAAAUUGUGUGUUUGAGUCUAAACUAAAACUACAUCAGGAGCCUAGUGGGGGUGGCUGUUUAAUAAGUUAAAUUUCACCCCUAAUUACAAUUACAUUACAUUUCCUUUAGCUGACGCUUUUAUCCAAAGCGCCUUAAAGUAAGUGUAUUCUUCCAUGAGGGUACAAACCCAGAAAAAGAAGAAUCAAGAAAGUACAAUUUCUUAAAAAAAUAGCAAAACUACAAAGUGCUAUAAGUAAGUGCCAUUUAAGUGCUACUAAAUUGUUAGUUUCAAAAUUGUAUUCAAUAACCAUGUAUUCUGUGCCUUACGUCUUAAUGGGUUAAGAUGACUGCAGCAUUAUCUGUUCUAUUGAGCAGUGAAGUUUUGAUUACCUCUGCAGGUAUCCUGAUCGAGAGGUUUUCACGGCUGUGUCGACCAGUCCUUCUCUGCCAGCCAUACAGUGGAAGAAAAACUCCUGAACACAACCAGCUGCAUGGUUUCGCCCUCCCAGAAGCCUUCAGUUUGUAUCAACAUGGCGGCGCCCGGGAGGCAUGUAGGACAUUACAUCCAGAGAAACGGACGGUUUUUGACUAAUAACUUGGAGCAGCUGUUUAGUCACAGGAGUUUUGGUUGGACUCCAUGUCUGCGACAACAGGCUGCAGAGGCUCAUAAAGAAUUUACAGAGACUAUUGUCAUCCCAAGGAAGAAAACAUGGAGCAAAGAAGCGGUGCUGGAGGCUCUGGCUUCGACUGCCAGCAGGGAUCCCACAGCGUACAACUAUCAGUUCCAGGAUGACCCUUACCUCUCUCCCAGGACCUCUACUGAGUUUAAGUUGUACUCUCUCUCUCAGGAGUCUGGCAGGUCUGCAGCCAAAUACUUUGUCAACGGUAACCCCAAGUUCUUCACUAAAGACUUUGCUGAACCACAUAUACCAUGUCUGAUGCCAGAGACAGUGUCGCUGCGUCUCGAGGAGGUGAGCGAGGAGGCACUGAAGGAACGAAUCAGGCUGAGGAAAGUUUCAGCAGCUGUUGACAUGUACGACCAGCUACUACAAGCUGGUACGGCAGUCUCCAUGGAAACAACCCAUGAGCUGUUAGAUCUUGUCUGCUUUUACUGUGACAAAGACCCUGUCCAGGAGGGGGCACCACAGACAGAGGAAGCGCAGGAGGGAGGAGAAGAUUUGAAGAGGAGGAGAUUUAAGAUCCGUCAGACUUUAGACUCCCUCCAGUGGACCUGGAAAGAAAACAACAACGCAGAGAGAAUCUUUAGCGUGCUGCCAGAGAGAGACACGCGCUGUUACUCUGCUCUGAUCAGAGGAAUGGUGAAGCAUGGAGCCUAUGCAAAGGCCUUCAGCAUGUACACCGACUUGCUCAAUGAGAAACUGACAGCUGACGUCCACAUCUUCAACGCACUGAUCUCAGCGGCUUCAAGUGUCAGAGACAAAUACGCUGAGAGAUGGGACCUGAUCGAAGACUUGUUGACCCAGAUGAGUCAACAUAAAGUUCAGCCCAACCUGCUGACGUUCAACAGUGUCCUCAAAGCACUGAGACGCUGCGGCUCUAUGGCCAAAAUGAAAUCUAUACAAACUCUGAAUGAGAUGAAGGCUUUGGGAAUAGAUCCCAGCCUGGCCUCCUUCGACCACAUCCUGUCCAUCUUUUACAAAGCAGCCUCCUCUGGUCAGCACACUACUAACAUGUUGGAUGAAAUCAUGUCAGAGCUGAACGGGAGCAGCUUCACCUGCCAGGACCCUAACGAUGUUAUGUUCUUCAUCAGUGCAAUGAGAAUAUGUCUGGACACUAAAGAUCUGGAGCUGGCUUAUAAAGUACAGAGUCUAGUAGAAGUAGGGGAGAACUGGAGGCUGCUGGGCGAUCCUUUCCAACAGAGUAUUUACUACGGUCGCUUCUUCAGCCUGGUGUGCGGGAUGGAGCACAUCGAUGUCGUGCUGAAGUGGUACAAACAGCUCAUUCCCUCGUUGUACUACCCGAACAUUCAGGGACUUAAAGACCUGCUGCAGGCUCUGGACACAGAGAAUCGCCUCGAUUUGCUACCUCAGAUAUGGAAAGACAUCCGGUCUCUGGGUCAUGAUAAUAAGUCAGAUCUGGUGGAGGAGGUGCUCAUGCUGAUGGCCAGAGAGAAGCACAGUCCUGAGGUUCAGGAGUCGUUUGCAGCCUGCGCUCUGUCUAUAAAGGGUGUGUUCUCUGGCGACAGAGGGAGGACCAGUCUGGAGUGGAGCACCUCCUCGCUCACACACAUCACCUCCUUGCUGCUGCAAGCCAACAUGACCCAACAGGCCUGGGAGAUGCUGCAGCUCUUCAAAUCCAAGAACAGAGUUCCUUCUGAGGACCUGUUGACUCACUUCCUGUUGGUGUGUCAGAGCAGUGGCUCUCCCCAGAGAGCAGUGGACCUGGUUCAGCUGUCGGCAGCCUUCUGUCUGCCAGCCACAGCAGAGCUGGCCAAGCGAACACUGGCUGAGUUUAAUCUGACAGAGGAGCAAAGAGCUGUUUUAUCUGAACUGGAGUCUCUGAAUGCAGAGACCUCUGACUGAAGAAAGAAUGGCGGAAUUGCUUUGAAACCAGUAACUAAAACAGACAAUAUGACACAUCUAUAGACUGUACUUAAUUGUGUUUGUGUAAUAAAAUAUAUGUAUAAUUCAAUCUAAAA